CCAUAUGCAGACUGCUUGCAUAAUUGAAUUGUCCAGGUUCUUCCUUCUUUCCCUUCAACCAUGUGUUUUAUUUUCUUCUGUCUCCUUUCCCGUUUUGAGCUCUCCUCUGAUGAGAAGGUGGGUGCCUAAGGGCAGGGACUGGUGAAAUUCCAGAUGCCUGUGACACUUAGGCCCUCUCUUCUGGCCCCUGCUGGAGGUAGGUCGGUCAUCUGCGGAGUUUCUGAGCCCUGGCCCCCCCGUCUUCACACGAGUAGCGCCAGUUCCCAUGUCCUGGGCAGCCUGUACUCUGCAGAGGUAGGAAAUAAGGACCUGCCUGACAUGAGAGAGAAUGCCAUGGUUUCAAUAUGAAUGUGCCUUCCUCAAGCCAAAACUUUGCUAUAGUUAAAGCUGUUGUCAGAAUGGAGAAAAAUGAAAAGCAUUGCUGAAAUGGAUUCUGGAAAUGCUGAAAUUCGAAGGGGAGGUAUCAUCUGCUGAUAGGUGAGCCUUUUCAGGGCUUGCCCUGUCUUUCUCCUACUUUCCCUUCCUGGUCUCUUGAUUGCUUGAACUGGAAAACAUCUGUGUUAUGUGACCUCUUCCUGUGAUCCUGCAGGAACUUCCCACUCUCUGUUCCCAGUGUGCUGUAUCUCUCCCACUGCAUUGUGGUUUUAGGAGCUUUUCUCAGGGGAGUGAGUGUAGGUGGUUGCCCCAAGAGUAGGAGUGGUCACCCCAGCCCAGUGCAGCAGCAUAAGCUGCACAGGCAGCGACUGAUCAGAGAGCUUCCUGUUGGUACAGCAGAUGGGGGAGCAUUCCAUCCUCUGCUGCCUGUGACUGACCGCAACUGGCUCAAGGAAUGACUGAUGCCUCUAGAGCAAUACCAUGUCCUUGUCUCCUGGUACUGAAAUGUGCCUGUAUUGAUCAGUUUGUUUCAGAUCCUUGUGCCAGCAACCCCUGUCACCAUGGUAACUGCAGCAGCAGUGGGGAUGGCUACCUCUGUCUGUGCAGUGAAGGCUUCGAGGGGACAAACUGUGAGCGCUCCCUGCCCAGCCCUGCAGCCUCCCAGGGGACAGAGGCCACCUCAGCCCGGCACAGCAGCCCAGCCUCGUCCACCCUGGAGCCUGACAUUGCUCUGCCCCGCUCCAGAGCCACUGUCACGUUACCCACGUGGCAGCCAAAGGCGGGACAGAGGGUUGUGGAUCUCAAAUGGGAUGAAAUAGAGAUAACCCCGGAUGUGGCUUGUGGAAAUGCCAGUUCCAAUACUUCUGCUGGAGGCCGGCUUAUCUCCUUUGAAGUUCCACAGAAUACAUCAAUAAAAAUAAGGCAAGAUGCUACUGCUUCUCUCAUCCUGCUAUGGAAGGUCACAAGCACUGGAUUUAAACAGUGCUCCCUUAUCGAUGGCAGAAGUGUCACUCUUCUCCAGGCACUGGGUGGGCUUGUGCUUUCUGAAGAGAUGCUUGCAUUAGGAAACAACUACUUUAUUGGUUUUUUGAAUGAUUCAGUUACCAAGUGCAUUGUGGCUCUACGCUUGACUGUGGUGGUGAAAGUGAGUACCUGCAUGCCUGUGGGAAGCCAUUCAGACAAUUUCCCAUGUUCAGGAAAAGGGAAAUGCAUCACCAAGCCAGAUGAGGCAACAUUUUUUUGUGAGUGUGAAGAUGCAUAUAAGGGUUCCCUGUGUGAAGAAUUUGAUGCCUGUCAGAGCCAACCUUGCCAGAACAACGCAACCUGCACUGAUGUAGCACAGAAACACGACAGGAACAAUUUCACCUGCAGCUGCCUGCCUGGUUACACUGGAGAGCUGUGCCAGUCAGAGAUUGAUCAUUGCAUCCAGCAGCCAUGCCAGAAUGGAGGGACCUGCUCAUCCCACCUCAAUGGAUUCAGCUGUCAGUGCCCAGAAGGGUUUUUAGGAAACACUUGCGAGGACAAAAUAGACCCUUGUGCGUCAUCUCCCUGUCAGAACAAUGGAAGCUGUUAUGCAGACAGACUGGCCUUCUCCUGCAGCUGUAGUCCUGGAUUUACAGGACCUACAUGUGCUCAGCUCAUUGACUUCUGUGCUCUGAAUCCGUGUGCACACGGCAUUUGUCGCAGCGUUGGAACCAGCUACAGAUGCCUCUGUAUCCCUGGUUACCAUGGCCUUUACUGUGAGGAGGAAUAUAAUGAAUGCCUCUCUGCACCCUGCCAGAACGGAGCCACCUGCAGAGACCUUGUCAACAGCUACGAGUGUGUGUGCCUUGCUGAAUAUGAAGGAAGGCACUGUGAAUUAUACAAAGAUCCUUGUGUUAACAUCAACUGCCAGAACGGUGGUACUUGUGACAGUGAAGGUCUAAAUGCUACAUGUAUUUGUGCACCUGGAUAUGCAGGUGAAGAAUGUGAACUUGAUGUAAAUGACUGUGACAGCAACCCAUGUCACCAUGCUGGAACUUGCAUAGAUCAGCCUGGUGGUUACACCUGCCAUUGUCCUCAUGGAUGGGUCGGUGCAAACUGUGAAAUACAUCUGCAGUGGAAGUCUGGUCACAUGGCAGAGAGUCUCACAAAUAUGCCUCGUCACUCUCUCUACAUCAUCAUCGGGGCCCUGUGCGUGGCCUUUGUCCUGAUGCUGAUCAUCCUGAUCGUGGGCAUCUGCCGCAUCAGCCGCAUCGAGUACCAGGGCUCUGCCAGGCCAGCCUACGAGGAAUUUUACAACUGUAGGAGCAUUGACAGUGAAUUCAGCAGUGCAAUCGCUUCCAUCCGACAUGCCAGGUUUGGCAAGAAAUCCCGACCUGCAAUGUAUGAUGCAACCCCCAUUGCUUAUGAAGAUUACAGCCCAGAUGACAAACCUUUGGUUACACUGAUUAAAACAAAAGAUUUGUAAUCUAGUGUAUCUUUUUUGGAUUAUUUUUCAAAAGGAUGGGCUACUAACCUAAUUUAAAUAUUUUUAAGAAGAAAGCAUAAGUAAUUUAAACCAUUAGAUGCUUCAGAAUUUUCUGUAGAAUAUUUAAGAACCAAUUUUCUGCAGCUUUUAGUUUGGAAAAAUAUUUUAAAACAGAAUUUGUGAACUUCAUGAUUUACAUUUUAAUGUACCUUGAGCUCUAUAAACUAUAAGCUUAUGAUAGUGUGUGCUUUUUUCUUGGUAGACACUAUUACUAAACCCAGAUGAGUUUCUUGUGGUUGUUACAGAACAGAAAACAGUAAUUAAUGAGGAGUUCUUUAUGAAAUGUCAGUGCCAGCUUUCUCAGUAGAGGUAGGAAAAAUGUGAAGCAUAAUAUGAUAUAUAAUAUAUCCAUUAAUUAAAAAAGUCUAAAAUGUUUGUGUUGUGAAAAAGAAACUAGUAAAAAUUAUUAUUCCUAAUCUGAAUGAAUUAGCUUUUGCCUUAUUCCAUGCAUGGAUAGAUAACCUAUUCCUCCAUUAUUUCCUGAAAGUUGCUAAAACAUACUCUUGAGUUGAUGUUUGACAUUUUUGUAAUAGUUAUUCAGGCUAGGCCUUGUACAAUAAUUAAAGUGCCUCUUGAGGCAAAGUAAGGGCAUGAUCCUUUAAACAUUGAAAUCAAUGAGAGGACUUCCAUUGACUUCACUGGGUAUGGGAUUGGAUCCUACAAUUGGACUGAAUCUAUAUUUUUCUUUAAAGGUUAAAGUUUUUUAUAUUGUGAGUAAACUAAGCAUAUGGUUUGAGUUGUUUGUUUCCUAAAGGUUGUUGAUGUACAGUAUUGUUUCAUGAAAUAUUGUGUAUUUCUCAUAGUGCUUCUUAUUUAGGAUCAGUAUGGGGUUUUUGUGGCUGUAUUUGAUCGCUUAUGGGCGUCCUAAAUUCUUGCUUAUUUCAGAAAAUACUGAAUAAAAGUUAACCAGUGAAGAUUGCA